AGAGGCCUACGCCGGAAGGGAGAGUAGAGGUCAAGGAGCCCGCCCCUCCGGUGAGAUUAAUCCAAGGUCACCAGGGGAAGGAGGAGCAGAGUCAGGAUUUGAACCAAGAUCUUCGGCCUCGGCCGAGCCGGGGGAGCUCGUGGCAGGGGCCUUGCGCGGGGCCCCGGAGCUAAAGGCCAGCCGCGAGGAUCUCGGCACCCCGGCCUUCUCCUCCCCGGAGAAACGGCCUCAGGCCUCUUGUUUCAUUCAUUCUACAGACUGAUCGAGCUCUGUCUCUGUGGAGCGCGCACGCCGACUGCUCGGGCCUGCAGCGUCUCCCUUCCUUCGGCUUUUGCGGGGCCGUCCGACCAGGGAUGUCGUCCAGCUGCCAGCCCGUUCCCGAAGACGAGCUGAAAGGGAAAUAUAUUGCUUCAACCCAGCGACCGGACGGGACCUGGAGGAAGCAACGGAAAGUGAAAGAAGGUUACGUGCCUCAGGAGGAAGUUCCUGUGUAUGAAAACAAGUAUGUAAAGUUCUUCAAGAGUAAACCAGAACUACCUCCUGGGCUGAGCCUUGAGGCUGGGGUCCCAACCCCACCCCGUCUAGACAGUGGUGAGCCAGGCCUUUCUAAGACUGCCAAACGCAACCUGAAACGCAAGGAGAAGAGGCGGCAGCAGCAAGGGAAGGGGGCAGUAGAGACCUUGAGCCGGACUCUGGAUAAAGUGUCAUUGAAGGAACCAGCGCAGCUGCCAAGUGUGCCCCCUGCUCCCCGUGCCACCCCUGCAACAAACCCUGACAAACCUGACACACUUUCCGCCACUGAGAAAGCCAAGAAGAUAAAGAAUUUGAAGAAAAAACUUCGUCAGAUAGUGGAGCUGCAGCAGCGGAUCCAGAGUGGGGAGAUCAGUCAUCCCAGCAGAGAACAAUUAGAAAAACUGGCGAGGAGGGGGACCUUAGAAGAAGAGUUGGAGGACUUGGAGUUAGGCUUAUGAGGCUCCUCAUGGACUGGGAAUGUGGACUGUAGGACAAACCAUGAUGUUCCCUCUGAGGGGCCUGGGGACCGUGGUGGUGGCAGCAAUGGCAGCAGCCAGGAGGGACGUGUCCUGCUCUCUGCCCUCUUAUUCUUGCCCCGCUGUCUCUGGCCCAGCCUUUCCUUCCAGAGCCUCGCCUCUCCAUUAAUCCUCACCUUGAGCCCUUACUUUUCGGACUCUACCCUUCCCUUUCCCUGUGUCUGGAAUCUCAGUGACUGUCCCAGGUACCACUCUUCCUGGCUUGGGGUUUUUCUUUUUUUUUUUUUAUCUGGGGGGCGUGGGUAGGAUGGGUCAGGUUCUCAGGAAGGGCUGAACUCUUAGGGUGGGGAUGGGGACUACAAACUCUUGGAUUUCUUUGGUUUCUGUUUAGUGUUUUGGGGUAACUUCCAUUCUACCCCAUUCCUUUUUUCCUUUUUUUUUUUUUUUUUUUUUUU